GCUUUAAAUAACGAUAUUAAUCAUAAUAGUGUACCCCGCAUAAUGGUUUUGCUUUGCAUGAUCUAGUGAUUUAGACUCCUGCACCAGUUUCAGUUGUGAACAAGGAUUUGGAGAAAACACAAUGGGAUUGAGAUUUAUUACACUGAGUUUGUUCAUAACCUUUUCAAUCUCAAACGGAUUCUCUUUUGAGGGCAUUUGGAAGCGAUAUAAGCAACAAUACAAAUGCUUAAUGCCAUGCAGUGAUACAAAGGCAACUUCCUGUCCCCCGGGAUAUCGGUGCAAUCUAAAAAGAAAAAUCGGCGACGGUGUGUGCGUUAUCAGCGAUUACACAGACACUUGCUAUCAAGUUGGGUUAGCUCAUCUAUACAACGGAAGAGUAUCGGAAACCGUAAAUGGGAUCGAAUGUCAACGUUGGGACUCGAACACGCCCCAUAAACCUCAAAGCAGUUUGAUUCGCGCUGAUAAGUUCCCUGAAUAUUCAGUAGCGGAUGCAAGCAACUACUGCCGUGACCCGAGCAAAACCGGAAGACCUUGGUGCUACACGAACGACCCAAACGAUCGAUGGGACUUCUGCAAAGUGCCGUCUUGUUCAGGACUCAACUGUUUUAGAAGAGGCUAUGCAUGGCUAUAUGAAGGACAUACAAGCGUGACAAAGGACAAUGUGCCUUGCCAAAGAUGGAAUGCAUGUUACCCACAUAGGAACAGUUACAUAGACCCAGACAAAUACCCAGAUGCCUCAUUGGAUGAAGCUGGCAACUUCUGCCGAAGCCCUUCAAAGUCGGCCACACCAUGGUGCUACACCACUGGAAGUACAAAAUGGCAAUAUUGCAGCAUUGAUACAUGUUAGUUGUUGUAUUUUGUUCUUCAAUGUUGAUUUAAAACUUCAUGUAACUUUUACUACUUUUAUCUAAUUUUAUUCAUUAUUCGUAUUUUUGAACGAAUAAGCAAAAUGGUUGUUUUGAAUAUAGACCGCCUUAACAGAAUCGAAAGAUAAACAUUUUUAAAAGAUAUUUUCACAGCUGUUUGCUUUAAGUAACUCGAAAGCCUCUUUUAACUUCACCUUUGCAUACUAUUUUAGAUUUAUUAACCACAACGCACUGUUUGCAUAUUUCAUAACAGUCUCAAUAUUCAUUUUUACAUGCUUUCAUUUGCUAGGUAAAUACAAUUAUUGCUAUAACUCAAAAGAAUCCUGGCUGUAUACUGGAACAGUAUCAAAAACGCAGGGUGGUUACGAGUGUCAGAAUUGGGACUCGCAGUACCCCCAUAAGCACAUAUACGGGAACAUGCCCAUGAAUUUUCAGAGAACGACGUAAGUAAGGCAAAGAACUACUGCCGCAGCCCAAGCUGGGACUAUAAGCCAUGGUGUUACACUACAGAUCCAAAGAAGAGAUGGGAUUGGUGCUGUAUUAAUAGUUGUUCAGAUUUAUAAUAUGUAUAAUGGUUAUGUUUUCGAUAGUGAUUUUUUAUACUUAAAGUCUUCAUAGAGGACAUUAUGUUAGAUUAUUAUCGUAUAUAAUAAACACCGCAUAUAAUGAUAUACCGCUUAUAACGAUAUACCGCUUGUAACGAUGCUUAUAACGGUCCUGACUAUUGAUCUUAAAUUAGUUGCUUCUCGUAUGUCCGGAUAUAACGACAUAAUUCUGUCACCUGAAUAUUGAUAAAAGCGUUAAGGGUUUACUAUAAAAAUAUUUGUUGCUUGUUCAUUCAGUGACCUAUUAGUUAAUUAGUAGUUGAAGAAAAACCAGUUUACAAAUGUAUAGUUAAAAACCACAAUUGUUACAUGUUUUACCCGCCCAGUGUUUAGCUAACAAAUAUAAUUUAACAUUUUUUUGCCCACCAAACAAAUAUUAUAUGAUGAUGAAGUGAAUAUAAUACGACAUCGGCCUCGUGUUCCUUUUUCAUGAAAACGAACCGGAAUAAGCGGACUUACUGCGCAGAAUAUUUUUGGCAUUCGGUUCAAUUUAUAGCGAGUAACAGUUCAUAAGAAAGGAAAGCAAAAACGCAUUUUUAGUUUAGGUAGCACGCCAAACUAAAUUGUAAGUUCCUGUCGUCAUUGUGAGCAAAACUUCUGAUAAUUCUAAUCCGGAACUACAUAACCUGAAAAAAAACACGUUUUGUCGACGAAAUAUAUGACAUAACAUCGCAAAUCUACAAUGAAAGUAUACCAUUUGCAAUUGUCUGUCAAUGCAUUCUGUUGAAGCCCAAAAUCUACCGUGGUCCUAGACCAAAAACAACACAAUUCUACCCCCUGGCAAAUACCUGCAAAUGCACAGAAUACAGACACAUUGUCUCUACUUUAACAAUUGCCUUUACAUGCAAAAUAUAAAAAAACAGGUGCUUUGCCUUGUAGAUUGUUUGCUACUGCUUAGAGUUUGUACCUCAGCCCGUAAAAUGACUUGUUUAUCGGCCAUGAUGUUUAAAGGCAAUGUUUACAACAAAUGGCGUUCUUGACAUUAAUUAUCAACAGCAUGUGAUCUCUGGCUUUGUUUUUCGAAUUUGACAGUGAUCAAUUUAGAUAUAACAAUAACAAAUUUCAUGCACUUUAAAGACAACCAGUCAUGUUAGUCCAAAAAAGUUCACUACAUCCAAGAAAUCCUCCCUGGACAUUCGAGGUUGUGGCUUCAAUUACUUUGUUGCGCUACCUUAUCCUUGCAUUAAUACUGAAAUUGUUUAUUGUAGAAUGUAAACUUAUCUAUGAAAAAAAAUAGAAAAAAUUGCUGAAGAAUGAGUAUCUUAAUUUUACUUAUUUUCACUUAAUUUUUUUUCAUUACAAUAAAUUUUAUUUUUGUAAUUUCACUGCUAUCUUGCGGUACCACUUUCUUUCUGAUCUUAAGGUAAAAAGUAAAUGACAAACAACCAAUUCAAGUUCAUACUGAAUUUAUUUUCAUCUUUUGUAUGUAAAUUAUCAUAUUUCAUACCACUGGAAAAUAAAUCUCGUAUUUAUAUAAAAACAUGUUCUCUAUUUAUUCUUUUUUUUUGACAUGAAAUAAAUACCCAUUUGAUAAGUUUCGACCAUAUUUUCAAAUUUCUCGAUGCAAUGGUUUGUUUCUUUUUGUGAGGUAAAAUUGUUAUAAUCAAAGGCACCACAAUGGUAAAAUAUCAAGACGAGUACACAGAUAUAGAUACACCCACCGAUAUAAUAAUAAAUUGAGAAUGUUAAGUCUUGGUUAAAUUGUGCUUGUUUUCGGCAGGGGUUAUUGCAAUACAUUCCCUAGAAGCGGUGACACACGCUUUAAAUAACACAAUUACAGCUGUUUUGCAUAGUUCUUAAAGUUAGUAUGACUAUUUGAAAAAACAUUAUAGCCUUUACUUGAAGGCAUUAUGCCCCAGAAACAUAUAUUCUUUCCUUCAUAAGAAGGACAAACAUGGUUUCUAAAACGUCUAAAGAAAGGGAUUAGAGCAGGUUAAAAACUUGAAGCGAGAAAUAAGCAGUGUACAUUUGUUCAAAAGUAGGACAAUGUAAAUAAAGUGGUAUUUUACAACCAUAGCAAAACAAUUGCUCUAAGUAUACUAUUUGCCAACAAUCAACAGACCCAAAAAAUAGUUCAAGAUAUUGGCCACUUGGUAACGUUUUUGCAACUAGAGCUGGACAACAAGCAUUACGAGCUAAGUUCAAAAAAUAAAAAACAACGCAUUUCUGUGGCAUAAUUGACUGAUAAGGGCUGAAUAAAUAUCCAGUAUACAUAUCAUAAUAGAUUUUUUAAUGAUUAUGUUCCAUUGAUUGAUUUGAUUAAAUUACUAAAUAUUCAAAGGCAAAUUGUAAAUAAAUUGUUAUUCAGCUUG